AUGACUUGGCUUUCGCCAGCAAGUCACGAGGAAUAUGAUGUGCUCAGCGCGGGAUGUGCCUGGGAUCUUUCGACGGCAGAUAACCCCCACAUACCAAGCUUCGGGCCCAUUGAUCGCCCUUUUGCAGCAUCUUUGCAGUCCAUUUUGAACCGCUCUUUUAUGUCUCCAAAGACCCCAGAUGACCUUGAUUAUGAAUUCAUGGCUCACCUAUACGAGCAGCUGCUCAACGCGGAACCGUAUGAGUCGCACAUGGCCCUUCAUGCCCUAAACAUUCUACAACAAGAUGGACGGAUGCCCGAGAGUUCCCGGGAUGAAAUUCGCAUGUUCUUUCAGCACUCAUCCGAAAUCAUGGCAAUCUCUUGGGGAAUCUACAAAGACUUCAAACAAGCUUCAGCGAGCCUGGAAUUCAUACAGGACAAGCAGUUUCUCCUAGAUACGGCUUCUUUUGCUGUUUGUGGUUGCCCAAGUGAUUGCUUUGUACAGCUUGUCCGAAGCAAAGCCAUAUCUGCAAGUGGCUUCAACAGCGCAGGCCAGAGUUAUUUUCGCCUCGCACUUUGUGAAAACAGAGUGGAUAUUGCCUGUGAACUAUUAUCGGAAAUGAGCGUUGAGCAUAUAUUUGAACCUACCUCCAUCAUGGCCGAUGACUGGCAGCAGUCUAUCUUUGAGAUGUCUGUGAUUAAUUCUGAGUUGUUCAAAGCCUGCUGGACGAAGAUUGAAUCCAAACCGGACUUGGAUCUGUCAAACGUGCUCAAACAUGAACAUUACGCUUCCGUAUGUUUAUUUGCUACUGAAGAUCUGGCUAUACGUAUGCUAGCCCGUGGGAUUGAUAUUGUAUCUACUGUCCAUACGCUCCCUCACAUCACUUGGCCUGCGAUGGCUCAAUACCACCCAAGCCCAGCAUCUUUUUUUGACUGGCUUACGCGGCGCGGAUGCUGGCCGUAUUUCACCGAAGCUGGCCAUGUUGCACCCCUUCUAGUCGUAGCCCAGCAUGACCGAUUCGAGACGACUAGCUGGCUUCUGUGGAACAAUGAUAACGUCUGCGAGCAAAGGAGUUGUGCGGUCGCUGCCGCUGUCCGCCAAACCAAGGACAGUGCUCGCAUCCUUCACCUGGUCAUGAUGCGCAUGUCUCUAGCAGGUCCACUUCGUCCACCUAGCUGGCCCCAGGAUAUUGCUGUUGAAGUCAUCUGGGCUGCUUGUAAUCAAAACCAAAUGGGCCGACCUGAGAUUCUGGAAUACAUUCAGGAUCUUGCUAUCCGAAAGAUUGGAUCUGUGAAGGCGUCUGCCCCGGACCUUCUUUCAUACUCGAAAGAGAGUCUAUCAAGUGCGAAAGAAGCCGGUCUGACUGACCUGGUUGAUUUCCUACGAGCUGGGAACAAAGAGGCAUGGAAAACGCUCCCCAACUACUGCUGA